CUGGGUUUCGCAAAUCCUCACAGAAUUCAUAUGGUUUUUUUUUUCUCCAUUGUUGAACAAGGGAGAUAAACGAUGGGGAGGAGGACAAGGCCGAAAGGGAGAUGCUGUGGGUGGUUUCUGGCCGGAAUAGUUGCGGCGGCGAUCGGCGUAGCUAUUUAUGUGCUUAUUCUGAAACACAAAGCUGAAGAGCCUCCGGGAGUCACUAACCAGAAAUACGCUAAUGCCCUCAAAGUUGCUUUGCAAUUCUUCGACGUCCAGAAGGCUGGGAAGCUGGACGAAAACAAAAUACGUUGGAGGGGAGAUUCGGCGCUCAAAGAUGGAAGCGAAGCGAAGCUGGAUUUGAGCAAAGGAAUGUACGAUGCAGGAGACCUCAUUAAGUUUGGUUUCCCGAUGGCUUACACUGCAACUGUGCUGUCAUGGGCGAUCCUCGAGUAUGGCGACCGUAUGGCUGUCGUCGACCAGCUUGAACCUGCCCGUGACUCGCUCAAAUGGAUAACUGACUUCUUGGUCAAUGCACAUCCCUCUCCUAAUGUCUUGUACAUUCAGGUUGGGGAUGCAGAACAUGACCAUAGUUGUUGGGAAAGACCAGAAGACAUAAAUAAUGAUAGGCCAUUGAUCCAAGUGAAUGCUUCUGUUCCCGGAACAGAUGUUGCUGCUGAAACCGCAGCAGCUAUGGCAGCGGCAUCCCUUGUUUUUAAAUCCACCGACGCUGAUUAUUCAACCUUGCUUUUGAAACACGCCAAACAGUUGUUCACCUUUGCUGACAAAUAUCGAGGAUCCUACAGUGAAAAUAUCCCCGGAGUAGCCACAUAUUACAAUUCGACCGGGUAUGGGGAUGAGCUCUUAUGGGCAGCGAGUUGGCUCCAUCACGCAACGGGUGAUAGGUCAUAUUAUGAGUAUGCAACUGGGGAGAAUGCGGAGAAGUUUGUGAAAUGGGGAAGUCCGACUUGGUUUAGCUGGGAUGAUAAGUUUCCUGGAGCUCAGGUUUUGAUUUCCAGGGUGAGUUUCUUUAAGAAAAAAGCCCCCCUCUCGAAUUCGAUUACUCUCCAGAAGUAUAGAGGCACUGCAGAAGCAGUCAUGUGUGGUCUCUUACCAACAUCUCCAACCGCCACUUCUAGCAGAACAGACUCUGGUUUGAUAUGGGUAAGUCAAUGGAAUGCUUUGCAACAUCCUGUCGCCUCUGCCUUCUUAGCAGUCGUUUAUAGUGAUUACAUGCGUUCUUCUCACACUGCUAAGCUAUUAUGUGAUGGCAAAUAUUUUUCAUCAUCUGAUCUCCGAAAGUUUGCCAUGUCACAGGCUGACUAUGUAUUGGGAGAUAAUCCUAUGGGGAUGAGCUACCUUGUUGGGUAUGGAGAUAAGUACCCGAAAUAUGUUCAUCACAGAGGAGCCUCGAUCCCUGCAGAUAAGAAAACCGGUUGCAAAGAAGGCUUCAAAUGGCUUGAAUCACCCAAACCAAACCCGAAUGUCGCAAUUGGAGCAUUAGUCGGUGGACCAUUUCUAAACGAGAGCUAUGUUGAUGCAAGGAAUAACUCUAUGCAAGGAGAACCAACCACCUAUAAUAGUGCACUCCUUGUUGGUCUCCUUUCUGGUUUAGUUACCACCUCUCCAGUGGUCCCAUCCUUUGUAUGAGGCAGGUGGUUCCUAGCUAAUACAUAACUUUAUACAUGUACAUAAACCCAACAUUAUACAUCUUUAUGUAUACAUAUACACACACGUAGUGUAUGUACAGAGUAUAUCCUAAAAUUCCUAGGUUCUUGAAUGUUGUAAAAUGUAUGUACACAGAAUAAUGGUUGUGUACUUAUUAUACUGAAUAUGGGGUGGCGGACUGGCGGAUGGCAAACCUUUUGUAAGAGGUACGCAGAUGGACGCUCGUCAAGUCGAAUCCGAUUCCCGUCUGGUUAGCUCAGGUGUCCAGAUUGAAAAACUUUAAAUGGAGCUGGAAUGCUGGCCUGGCCCGGUUACUGUUUGGCCUGGCCCGGGUGAUGGGCGGUCCGGGCUCGGGCCCUGCUUUAGGUGAACCGGCCCGGCCGGUUCGGGCCCGGUCCGGGCCGGAUUUUAAUUUAUUUUUUUUUGAAAUUUUUUUAAGUUUUGGGUUGGAUUAGGUAUUUUGGGCCAUUUGAGGUGGUUUGAGGUUGAGGCCUUGAGGGGGAGGGGUAGGGGGUUAAAUAGGAGAACCAAAAUAAUAAAAAAAAAUAUGGACCGGUUUGGCUCGGCCCGGUCCGGCCCGGUUUGGCCCGGAACCGGAACCGGCCACCGGCGGUUCGGGCUCGGGCCCUAGUUUUCUGGCCCGAGGCCCGGCCGGGCCCAGGCCCAAACCGGGCCCGAACCGACCCGAGUCCACCCCUGUCAUCGGACUAGGACAGGGAUGAGUAGUGCCUAUGAAUAAAAAAUGCAAUUUUGUAACUUAUACUACGUAUUGAAUAC